ACAUUUGGUUGGUAGCUGAAAAUGAAAAUCACACAAAAAAAUAAUGAGAUGAAGUGCAAUUGGAACAUAAAAUAAGCAUAUUCUUUUUUUGUGGCUCUAAUAAAUUUACCAUCAUCAUGGCUGUGUUACCUUUCUCAUACUCAGGAUUUCCCACUCUAUCUCUCCCAUUAUCUCAACAAAAACGGCUUAAAACGAAACCAAAUUCCAACACAAACACAUGCUCACUAAUCCAAUGCUGCCACAACCAAACAGAACCAAUCGAACUAAAUGGCCAAGCCAGAUUUCCAGAGAAGAAUCCUCACAUCAACCCUGCCGCUGCAGUUCCACCAAGGCCUCGAAGGAUAAUCCUUGUUAGACACGGAGAGAGUGAAGGAAACGUGGAUGAGAGCGUGUACACAAGGAUACCUGAUCCAAAGAUAUCCCUCACUGAGAAAGGAAAGGUCCAAGCAGAGGAAUGUGGUAAAAGGAUUAAGCAAAUGAUUGAGAAUGACCAUGACCAACAUUGGCAGGUUUACUUCUACGUCUCUCCAUAUAGAAGGACCCUUCAAACCUUGCAGCACCUCGCUCGUCCUUUUCAACGCUCAAGAAUCGCUGGCUUCAGAGAAGAGCCUCGCAUUCGAGAACAAGAUUUCGGGAAUUUUCAAAACAGAGAAAAGAUGAGAGUGGAAAAGGCAUUACGCCAGCGUUAUGGUCGUUUCUUUUACCGAUUUCCAGAUGGAGAAUCCGCGGCUGAUGUAUAUGAUAGAAUAACAGGAUUCAGAGAAACGCUAAGAACAGAUAUUAACAUUGGACGGUAUCAGCCACCUGGGGAGAAAAAAACAGACAUGAACUUGGUCAUUGUGUCUCACGGACUAACACUUCGAGUUUUUCUGAUGAGGUGGUACAAAUGGACGGUUCAACAGUUCGAGAGUCUCAACAACAUGGGAAAUGGAAAUAUGCUUGUCAUGGAAAAGGGUUUUGGUGGAAGGUAUAGCUUACUGAUGCAUCAUGGAGAAGAGGAACUGAGACGGUUUGGAUUGACUGAUGAAAUGUUGAUUGAUCAGGAGUGGCAUAAAUUUGCAAAGCCUGCUGAUCUGAAUUACGAUUGUCCAAUGGUCAAUUCCUUCUUUCCCCACCUCAGUGAAGAAGCAUGCAGGUACGGUUAAACAAGGAGGGUGAUCAACAAUUUAUACCAACUUCACCGUCAAUGCAAAACAUAUUUAAAAGUUGAAUUACGACAAUGAGGAGUAUGUUCUUGUAACUAGCUAGUAGGAAAAGUUGUACCCAAAAAUUAUAAUAUAUAUAUAUAUAUAUAUUUAUGAAGAAGAAUCAGAUGAUGUAUAUGAUACUGUAUACAGUUCCCGUAUGAACUACUUCAUGAUCACGUGUGGGUAUCUAACUCCUCAAUUAUUCAGUUACAGUUGGGUAGGAUCAAUCGGUUUGUUAGCAUCCUAAUUCAGCAAUUGUACAGUAAUAUAGCAGUAUAAUUACAAAUGCUUGUAAGAUUUCUCAAA